AUGUCAGUAAGCGAACAAGACCCUAAUAGGGCGUACAGAGAGACUCAAUCUCAAAUAUACAAGUUGCAGGAAACAUUACUGAAUUCCGCGCGGACAAAGAACAAGCAAGAGGAAGACAAGCAAGGGCAGUACGUGUCUUCUCAAAGCGGCGGAGGUUCGGUCUCCCACAUACUUGAUGUAAAUUCACAGUCGGUUCUAGCUUUCACUGAGAAACACUAUCCAAACAAGUUAACAAAUUUCGGUAUACUCUAUUACAACCGUUUCAAACAAGGACGCUUUGAUGAAGACUCCGUAAGUUACUCUCACAGGCGCAAUUUUCCAUACAAUCUUUAUGACAAUAGUCUUCCACCUCCAUUCCUUCCAAAUAUCGGUGUUCAGAAUAUCAACAAUAUAAUUACACUGAAAAUAACAUAUGAAGAUAUACAGGCAAGUUUUGACAAUAUAGAAUCUCCUAGAACGAAAAAUAAUGAGAUUUGGGGGUGUGAUAUCUAUUCAGAUGAUUCAGACCCAAUACUAGCACUAAGGCACUGUGGAUUCAAACCCGUAGUACCUCAUGGUGACCCAUUUUGCAAAUUGAGGAGAACACCUGUAAAUAUGGCAAACCAAGAUAAUGUUACUGGAAAUCUUCCGUUGCUAAAAGGCACACCUUUCGAUUUAGAGGUGGAACUGUUAUUACUGCCCACGCUACAGAAUUAUCCUAGCGUGAAAAGAUUUGAUAUAACAUCGCGAGGGUGGGGUUCAGAAGACACUGUUUUGCAUGAUGGGCUGAGUUACGGUAUCUACAGUAUCGUGAUCAAGCAGAGGCUGGGUAGCGAUGAGUCUCAUGAAUCAAACGGGUAUAUUAAAAACUUAAAAUGGACUUAA